GGUGGCCGCCGAAGAGCGACGACACAGAAGCGAGGCCUGAACAUCGGCUGGCGGUAUCAACGGUGAGCACGCUCUCGCAGCAGUUUUAAUCAGCGUGGUCAGCGCUAGAGCAACAUCCCUACGAUCAGCCCAGUAUGACAUCGCGAAAGUUCUGCCUCAAGUGGAAAAGAAACCAGCUGUCUGAAGUCGGCGUGCCAGUGCAGCUUCACAUCGAUGAAGCUAAGCAGGACGUGGCGCUUCUGUGCGAUGGCAUGUGCCUAACGGCCCACAAGACAGUGCUUGCAGCUUUCAGUCCUUUUUUCCACGAGCUCUUCGCAGCGAAUCCCGGCAGCGACACCGUGGUGAUACCGCAUGGAGUGCGCUACGCGGACCUGACAAUGGUGGUCGAGUUUAUAUAUCGAGGUGAAGUGAUCGUGCCGCAUCAGCAGCUUUACUCGCUCGCCAAGGCGGCCAGUACAUUCAAGGUGGAAGGAAGAUUUAUGUUCGCUCGGAACGACGGUACGAAUCAAGUGCCGCUGAGCACGAACGUCGGUUACAGCGCGUUCCCGUGCAUGACUUACUACGGACGUCAAAUGCCACCUGUAGUUCAGCAAGCUCUUCGUAGCGAGUUCCAAAUCACCACCGGAAAAGUAAAUGCCUCCAUCGACCAGACAGGCGCGAGCCAACGUCAGCUCCUGGUAGGCCAAGUUCACCAUCAAGCGGCGAGGGUUCAAGCUCUGGCUCUGAAAAGACUUGUGCAGAGUGCCCUGAAGACGUGA